CGCCCCCCCCCUUUCCCGCAAACGUCAUGGCCGACCUUCUUCCGAUUCGAUUUCAGGAGCAUCUCCAGCUCCAAGCCCUGGGUGUUAACCAGGCGAGCAUAGGCUUCAACACGCUGACCAUGGAGUCGGACAAGUUCAUCUGUAUCCGUGAAAAGUCUGGCAACACCGACCAGAUUGUUAUCGUGGAUAUGAAUGACCCGCAGAACCUCGUGAGGAGAAACAUCACUGCGGAUUCCGCCAUCAUGAACCCUGUGGCUCAAAUCCUUGCCCUCAAGGCCCAGCGACAGCUGCAGAUCUUCAAUCUUGAGCUCAAAUCCAAGAUCAAGGCGCAUGUCAUGAACGAUGACGUGGUCUUUUGGAAAUGGAUCACCCCCAACACCCUGGGCUUGGUCACAGAGACCUCCGUGUACCAUUGGUCGCUUGAGGGAGAUUCUGCUCCAUCGAAGGUUUUCGAUCGUCAUCCCAGCUUGGUCGGCACCCAAAUCAUCAACUAUCGCAUCAACUCGGACGAAAAGUGGUGCGCCCUCGUUGGUAUUUCUGCCAAGGAUGGUCGUGUGGCUGGUAACAUGCAGCUGUACUCGCGCGAUCGAGGCGUCAGCCAACCCCUCGAGGGUCAUGCCUGUUCCUUCGCCGAAAUCACCCUGGAGGGCGCCAGCAGCCCCUCCAAGCUCUUCACGUUCUCGGUUCGCACGCCUGUUGGAGCCAAGCUUCACAUUGUCGAGAUUGACCACAAAGAUGGCACUCCCGUCUUCCAGAAGCGCGCUGUCGACGUGUUCUUCCCUCCUGAGGCCGUCGCCGAUUUCCCUGUCGCGAUGCAAGUCAGCAAGAAGCACGACAUCAUCUUCCUUGUGACCAAAUUCGGCUACAUUCACCUGUAUGAUCUCGAGACCGGCACUUGCCUGUACAUGAACCGCAUCAGUGGCGACACUAUUUUUGUCACCGCCGACUUGGCCGCUACCAGCGGUCUCAUUGGUGUUAACCGCAAGGGUCAGGUUCUCUCUGUCAGCGUUGAUGAAGACAAUAUCAUCAACUACAUCAUGACCACCCUUGGCAACCAGGAGCUUGCCUACCGGCUUGCCAUUCGCAACAGUUUGCCCGGUGCCGACAAUUUAGUCCUCCAGCGAUUCGAGUACUUCAUGUCCUCUGGUAACUACAGCGAUGCCGCCAAGGUCGCCGCCCAGUCGCCUAGGGGCAUCCUCCGCACCCCUGCCACGAUCGAGCGCCUGAAACAGACUGCUAGCGCAGCUCCUGGCCAGCCUUCACCCAUCCUGGCAUACUUUGGUGUACUCCUGGAGAAGGGUGAGCUCAACAAGAUCGAAUCGCUUGAACUCGCCCGUCCUGUUUUGGCCCAGGGCCGAAAGCAGCUCCUGGAGAAGUGGCUCAAGGAAGACAAGCUGGAGUGCUCCGAGGAGCUCGGCGAUCUUGUGAAGCAGGUCGACUCGACUCUCGCUCUCUCCGUCUAUCUCCGUGCCAACGUCCCCAACAAGGUCAUCAACUGCUUUGCUGAAACGGGCCAGUACAACAAGAUCAUCUUGUACGCCAACAAAGUCGGCUUCCAGCCGGACUAUAUCUACUUGUUGCAGUCCAUCAUGCGCAUGGAUCCCGAGAAGGGCAGUCAGUUUGCCACGUUGCUGAUCACCUCCGAGAACGGCCCGCUCGUGAGCCUGGAGCAAAUCGUCGAUGUGUUUGCUUCGCUCAACAUGAUUCAGCAGGCAACUGCCUUCCUCCUCGACGCCCUCAAGGCCAAUCUGCCCGAACAUGCUGCUCUUCAGACCAAGUUGUUGGAAAUGAACCUGCUCCACGCUCCCCAAGUGGCGGAUGCCAUCCUUGGCAACGAAAUGUUCAGCCACUAUGACCGCCCUUACAUUGCGUCCCUCUGUGAGAAGGCCGGCCUAUAUCAACGAGCCUUGGAGCACUACACCGAUAUCUUCGACAUCAAGCGGACCAUCAUCCACACUCACCUACUGAACCCUGAGUGGGUUGUGAACUUCUUUGGCAAACUCUCGGUUGAGCAAUCGCUCGAAUGCCUCAAGGAGAUGCUCCAGAACAAUCUCCGCCAGAACCUCCAGAUUGUUGUUCAAGUCUCGACCAAGUACUCUGAGCAGCUCGGAGCCACCAAUUUGAUCGCUCUGUUUGAGAAUCACAAGAGUUUCGAGGGUCUCUAUUACUAUCUUGGCUCCAUUGUCAACUUCAGCCAAGAUCCCGAAGUUCACUUCAAGUACAUUCAGGCUGCCUGUCGCACCGGGCAGCUCAAAGAAGUUGAGCGUAUCUGUCGAGAGUCCAACGUCUACGAUCCAGAACGUGUCAAGAACUUUUUGAAGGAAGCCAAGCUGUCGGACCAACUGCCUCUCAUCAUCGUCUGCGACCGCUUUGACUUUGUCCAUGACCUCGUCCUCUUUUUGUAUCAGAGCACCCUCCAGAAGUACAUUGAAAUCUACGUUCAGAAAGUUAACCCCGCGCGCACUCCCCAAGUCGUCGGCGCUCUCCUGGAUGUCGAUUGUGACGAACUUGUCAUCAAGAACUUGCUGCUCUCCGUCACUGGUGUUUUCCCGGUCGAUGAGCUGGUUGCCGAGUGUGAAAAGCGCAACCGCUUGAAGCUGAUGCUGCAGUGGCUCGAGAUGAAGGCCAAGGAAGGCUCGACCGAUGUCCAUGUUUACAACGCCAUUGCCAAGAUCUACAUCGACACCAACAACAACGCCGAGUACUUCUUGCAAAACAACACAUUCUACAACCCUGUCGUUGUUGGAAAGUACUGUGAAAGACGCGAUCCCUACCUGGCCUACAUUGCGUACGAACGGGGCCUUUGCGAUCUCGAGCUGAUUCAGCUCACCAACGACAACUCCAUGUUCAAGCACCAAGCUCGCUAUCUCGUCCGCAGACGCGACCUGGAGCUCUGGGCAAAGGUUUUGACUGCUGAAAACACUCAUCAGCGCCAGUUGAUUGAUCAGGUUGUCGCCUCGGCUCUUCCCGAGACACAAGAUCCUGAGGAUGUCUCUGUCACUGUCAAGGCCUUUAUGGCUGCCGACCUUCCAAACGAGCUCAUUGAACUUCUCGAGAAGCUUAUUCUGGAGGGCUCCGCGUUCAGCGACAAUCGCAACCUGCAAAACCUCCUGAUUCUCACUGCCAUCAAGGCCGACAAGGGCAAGGUGAUGGACUUUAUCACCCGUCUCGAAAAUUUCGAUGCUCCCGACAUUGCCAACAUCGCCAUUGGUGCCGACUUGUUUGAAGAAGCCUUCUUCAUCUACAAGAAGUACGAGCAGCACACCAACGCCAUUGACGUUUUGAUUAGCAACGUCCGCAACCUUGAUCGUGCCUAUGAGUACGCCGAUCGGGUCGAUCAGCCUCAAGUAUGGUCCAAGCUCGCCAAGGCCCAGCUCGACAAUGGCCACCUCAAGGAAGCGAUCGACUCCUACAUCAAGGCCAACGACGGCUCCAGCUUCUCUGAGGUCAUCUUCCAGGCCGGCAAAGUGGACAAAUACGACGAUCUCGCCCGCUAUCUCCAGAUGGCUCGGAAGCAGGUCCGCGAUCCAAUGAUCGAAAGCGAGCUGGUCUUUGCCUACGCCAAAACCAACCGUCUCUCCGAUAUGGAAGACUUUAUCGCAACUUCAAACAUUGCUCAGAUUGCCGUUGUUGGAGAGCGAUGCUUCAACCAGCAAAUGUAUGAAGCCGCCAAGAUCCUCUUCACCAACGUGUCCAACUGGGCUCGCCUAGCUGUCAUUCUUGUCCAUCUCAAAGACUACCAGGCGGCUGUUGAUUGCGCACGCAAGGCCAACACCACAAAAGUUUGGAAGGAGGUCAAUGCCGCCUGCGUUGAAUAUCACGAGUUCCGACUGGCUCAAAUCUGCGGUCUCCAGCUCAUCAUCCAUGCCGAGGAGCUUGAAGAAAUCAUCAAGCUUUAUGAGUACCAAGGUCACUUUGAAGAGCUCAUGACUCUGCUUGAAGCUGGCCUCGGCCUUGAGCGUGCCCACAUGGGCAUGUUCACGGAGCUCGCCAUCCUGUACACCAAGUAUAAACCUGAGCGCCUGAUGGAGCACCUGCGCAUUUUCUGGCAGAGAAUCAACAUCCCCAAGGUCAUUCGAUCCACAGAGGCUGCCCAUCUGUGGUCCGAGCUGGUGUUCCUGUACACGCACUAUGACGAGUACGACAAUGCCGCCUUGACCGUUAUGGCCCACUCAACCGAAGCCUGGGAUCAUGCUGCCUUCAAGGACACUGUUGUCAAAGUCAGCAACCUGGAAAUUUACUACAAGGCGCUUCGUUUUUACUUGGAGGAAGAGCCUCUUCUCAUCAACGAUUUGCUCGUUGUGCUGACCCCCCGCAUCGACCACUCGAGAGUGGUUUCGAUGUUCACCAAAACCAACAACCUUCCCUUGAUCAAGCAAUACCUGAUUGCGGUGCAGUCGGCCAAUAACCAAGCCGUCAACACUGCUUACAACGAGCUCUUGAUUGAAGAGGAAGACUAUCGAUCUCUCCGUGAUUCGAUUGAUAGCUGCGACAACUUUGACAACAUUGCCCUCGCCCAGCGCCUGGAGAAGCAUGAGCUUUUGGAGUUCAGACGCAUCGCGGCCCAUCUCUACAAGAAAAACAAACGCUGGACACACUCCAUCAAGCUCUCCAAAAAGGACAGUCUCUUCAAGGAUGCCAUGGAAACAGCAGCCGAGUCCAAGGACUCGGAACUGGCCGAAGACCUUCUCCGCUACUUUGUUGAGAACCAGAAGAACGAUUGCUUCGCAGCUAUGCUGGUGACCUGCUACGACCUCAUCCGCCCGGAUGUUAUCACUCGGGAGUACAUGAACAAGGUUGACGCCCUGGAAAAGGCCAACAGCGAGCGCACAACCAAGGACGAACAAGCCGAGAAGCAAGCUGAGCAGCCUAUCAUGGGUCUUGGCCAGCCGCUCAUGCUUACCUAUGGCUGGCGUGCCCCAACAGGCCACCGGCUACGGUGUGGGUGUCCCCUCUGGCUACGGAACCCCCCAGCCCGCUGCCUAUGCUGGCCUGGGCCAAACUUUUCCUAGUUUCUAAACAGAACAUUUGGGUGGCAGAUUUGCCAUGACAUCGCUGUAGGCAAAUCCGUAAAUACACCUUGAUUCGUGAGCACCGCCA